AUGAGAGAGAAACAUGAAGAAAAUCUGCAGAGAGAGAAUAGUCAGCUACAACCAAUUGCAGCAGCAUUGCCACCUUCAGCUUCUUCAUCUCCUUCUCAUGAAUUCUCCUUCAGCAUUUCUCUUCAUCCUUCAGCUCCUGCAAAAACCCCAGAAAAUAAUAAGAACCCUUCUUCAUUUGCCAUAGAUUUAUCUCCGGCAGAUGAUAUAUUUGACAAUGGCCAUUUGCUUCCUCUCCAUCUACUCUCCCACCUUCCAGUAUCUCCUCAUUCUUCGAACAACUCUUUGGACAGUUUUACCUUAUCCAUAAAAGAAUUAGAAUCCAUUAAGACAAUCAGCAGUACUGAUAGCAAUAUUGAUCACAACUUUGAUGCUAAAGGAAGAGCAAAUUCCAAGCUCUUUUCUUUGUUUAGCUUAUCGAAAUGGCAAAAAGGAGAAAAAGACGACGGGAAAAGGCAGAAAAAGAAGUUAAAAUUUCAUGUAAGUCAGGUUUUGAAGAGAUACGUGAGAAUGGUUCGACCCCUUCUGAUCUUCAGAAGAGGAAAAAAAUUACACAGGCAAUCCCAUUCAUUUUCAGGAAAUUUACGUGUUAGAGGGAAGCCAGAGUUGAGAGGAAGAAGAGGGGAUUUUUCAGCACCAGCUUCAAUGAGAACAUCUCCAACAAACAGUGGUCUAUUAGUAGUAAGUGGAACUCUUACUCCUACUACAGCAUGUGACAGUACUACGGAAGAGUUGCAAAGUGCAAUUCAGGCAGCAAUUGCUCAUUGUAAGAAAUCCAUUGCCAUGGAUGAGAAAAUUAAAUCCCAUGAAUAA